CCAUAGAUAGGCACACUGAUCAAUCAUACAAAAAUUGUCGUUGUUCGUCCGCAUCGGACAGUUGCGUUUCGGUUGCCGAGUAGGCCAGUGGAUAUUUAUACCGCACGCGGUAUUCUGUGCUCUGUAAAAAUCGAUCAUUCAAAAUGAUCUCAACGUUUUUAGUACUGUUCGCUGUGACAUUGAUUUUGUACAUGUUCGUCUCGACGAUCAAACCGAAAAGAUUUCCACCCGGCCCUGUUUGGUAUCCAUUCAUCGGAAGCAGUGGCAUCCUGCAAAAGCUGAGUAAACAACUUGGUUCGGAAUUCAAAGCGUGCCUAGAGCUAUCCAGACAAUACUCCACGAAUGUUCUAGGUUUAAAAACAAGUUCAGAACUAUUAAUAGUUGUGUUCGGUGUAAAGAAUGUUCGUCAGGUAUUCAACAAUAGUGAGUUUGAUUCCCGACCGCAUAAUUUCUUUUCACGUUUACGUUGUCUCGGACUUACAAAUAGAGGUAUAACAUUUGCUAAUGGGGAAAUAUGGAAGGAACAUAGACAGUUCACCGUAAAGAACUUAAAACACGUCGGAUACGGUAAAACUAGGAUGGAAAUGGAAAUACAAAAUGAACUGUCAAAGACAGUCGAGUUUAUAAAAAAAAAUAACAGCCAGUCUAUAAAUUUAGUCAAUUUACUUAGUGAAUCAGUAAUGAACGUAUUGUGGACAUAUGUAGCAGGAGAGCCUAUAAAAGAAGACAAGCUGAAAUAUUUAUUAGACCUUUUUAGAAAACGAGGAAAGGCUUUCUCUGUUGGUGGAGGACUGUUAAAUCAGAUUCCGUGGUCCAGGUUUGUGAUACCUGAAAUGAGUGGAUACACACUUAUAACUAAGAUAAAUCAAGAAAUCUCUCAAAUUAUUGAGGAAGCAAUUGAAAAACAUAAAACCAAACAGGUGGAAGGAAAAGAUUUUAUUUAUUUAUUUUUGGAAGAAAUGAACACCACCAAGAGCCCUACUUUUACUGAGGAGCAGUUGAAAAUUGUUUGUCUGGAUUUAUUGAUUGCGGGAUCCCAUACAACGAGUAACUUGCUUGGUUUCGCUUUCCUUAAAGCCUUAAAAUCUCCAGACAUUCAAGAGAAAAUUUAUAAUGAAAUUAAUUCAUUAAUAGGCGAUAGAAUGCCAUGUUGGAAUGACAGCAACCGAUUGAUCUAUACAUCGGCGUUCAUUCAAGAAGUUCACAGAUAUUAUACAAUAGUCCCCAUGGCAGGACCCCGGCUGCUUCAGAGGGACACUUGUAUCGACGGCUAUUUAGUUCCUGAAGGAUCUACAAUCCUCAUCUCAUUGGCUGAUAUAUGCCACGACCCGGAGUUAUGGGGCGACCCGCAUGUUUUCAGACCUGAAAGAUUCAUUGAUGAGAGAGGAAUGCUGAAAAAUUCAGAUCAUAUGUACCCGUUUGGAUUAGGUCGCAGACGCUGCCCUGGUGACUCGCUGGCGAAGUCAUUUAUAUUUAUUACCUUAGUGGGAAUACUUCAGAAGUACAGAAUCCAAUGCAGUAACGGUACUCUACCGUCAGACGUACCUUCGAUAGGGAUAUUGUCUUCGCCGAAACCCUACACAGCUGAAUUUACGUUAAGAAAGUAAAAAGUGGCAAAGAAAUAUGGUUAUUUGGAGGGUUACCAAUGGAUGUAUUAUGUUAUAUUUUUAAGAAAUAAAGGUUAAAUGAUGAAUA